GGCGCGCGCCCCCCGCCCCGGCCCUGCCGCUCCCGGUCUGUCCCAGCCUCCUGUGUCCCCACACCGCGGCGAGCGCUCUGGCGCACAGCCUGACUUGGCGAGAUCCCGGGAAGUUGAACCCGCCGCCAUCUGGAGAAGGCGAAAGUACUGUGACUAUUGCUAGUGUGAAUAUCCGAUGCCACCGAACGUCCUCAUAACUGAGGGUUAUUUUAAUUUGGGAUUCCCCUCCCCUCCCCCAACCCUCCCUCCUCCCCCUCCCGCUCCCGAAAUAAAACCGACGGGACCCAGAAGCCGAGGCUUCCCGCCCGGCCCACCCGCGCGCAUGCAGGGCUCCUGCAUUCACAUAAUCUUUAGGGUGGAGCAGGAACAGCCUGGACGCAAACUGCGACGUUUAGAUUUGUUGGUGUUAAUGCAUCUGACAUCAACUACUCAGCCGGCCGAUACGACCCGUCAGUCAAGACCCCCUUUGACUUAGGCUUUGAAGGUGUGGGAGAAGUGGUCGCCCUAGGCCACUCUGCCAGUGCCAGGUACUCAGUUGGCCAAGCUGUGGCUUACAUGGCACCUGGCUCUUUUGCUGAGUACACAGUGGUACCUGCCAGCAUAGCAACUCCAGUGCCCUCUGUGAAACCCGAGUACCUCACCCUGCUGGUAAGUGGGACCACCGCAUACAUCAGCCUGAAAGAGCUCGGAGGACUGUCAGAAGGGAAAAAAGUUUUGGUGACAGCCGCAGCUGGGGGGACAGGCCAGUUCGCCGUGCAGCUUGCACAGAAGGCCAAGUGCCAUGUAAUUGGGACCUGCUCCUCUGAUGAAAAAUCGGCUUUUCUGAAAUCUGUGGGCUGUGACCGUCCCAUCAACUAUAACGCUGAGCAUGUCGGUACUGUCCUGAAGCAGGAGUACCCCCAAGGUGUGGAUGUGGUGUACGAAUCCGUGGGGGGAGCCAUGUUUGACUUGGCUGUAGACGCCUUGGCUGUCAAAGGGCGCCUGAUAGUAAUUGGGUUUAUCUCUGGCUACCAAACUCCUACUGGCCUUUUGCCUGUGAAAGCAGGAACAUUACCAGCCAAACUACUGAGGAAAUCGGCCAGCGUCCAGGGCUUCUUUUUGAAUCAUUACCUUUCUAAGUAUGGAGCAGCCAUGGACCACUUGCUUAAGAUGUGUGCAGGUGGAGACCUGGUUUGUGAGGUGGACCUGGGCAGUCUGUCUGCAGAGGGAAGGUUCACCGGCCUGCAGUCCGUAUUCCGGGCUGUCGAUUAUAUGUACAUGGGAAAAAACAUUGGAAAAAUUGUAGUUGAAUUACCUCACUCUGUCAACAGUAAGCUGUAAAAACAGAACAAUGACAUAAAUCAAAGGAGAAAGAAAAUGGGCACUUUAUGCUUCAGAAUUACUCAGAUCAAUUUAUUUUUAGUUGGUAAUGGAGAUAAUAUUUCUUAAAACAAAAGUAAGGUGUUAAUGAAUAGGUUUCUCUUUUUCUUUCAUUUCUUUUUUCUUUUUACCCCUCCCUUGAAAAAAAAAUGUGCUAAUAAAACUUCCCUCUAUGGCUCAGAGGUAAAACCUUUACAUUCAAUCCUUUAGUCAUGGACAGUCUCAUUCCAGAUUUUAUUGUUCCUGGGAACUAAAUUCAUUCCUGAUGCAAGAACUGAUCAAAUCAGUAUGCCCUCAGCUUGAUGAGAUUUUUAAAUUGGUCUUGAAAAUAGUUCACAAAUGCUUUGCUUUGGGAGAGUUUGGUCUUACGCAAAUAAGUAGUUAAGAAAUGAGAGCUAGAGCCAAACUCAGCCAUAUUUCAGAGUCCAUAUUCCCAGGAAGUGGCCCUUCUUUUUCUAUCAAUCACUUGCCAACUAUGUAAAUAGAAAUUUGGAGGAACUCCCCCCAAACACUGAUUUUGUUAAAUUAUUAGAAAAAUGAUCAA